CCCUUCGCAGUCUCCACGUGCUGCUGAGUUCAUACAGGUCUCUUGCCCUCUCAUCUCUCUCUAUCUCCCAUUUGUUUUCUAACUCCCCCCAAAAUUGAUUUAGAUCCUGAUCUAGAGUACUGACCAUGUAUGUAUUUUAUAUAUUGACUAUUCCAUUGCCGGCAAACCCUCCUCCAACUUUGGUGGAGCAUGGUUGCGGAGCAACAUGAGCCAAGCCUAGAAGGCAAGUAGCACUGGGUGCGCCCCUGCAGUUUAAGUAUUCGACGAAAUGCCCCUGAGGCAGCAAUAGCUGCACUAAUGCUCAUCGUGCUUCAAAAUUGUUUCUUUGUUCAUGUCUGAUGAUUUGUUUUGGUGACCAGAGAUUCAGAAAUCUUCUCAUUGCAGAUUUGGUUGGCUAUUGAGCAUGGUUUCCAAAAUCUGGGUCAUUUCCGUUACAAAAUUAAUGUGUUUGUGCCCCUUCAUAAUGAUAUGCUUGAAUUUCACUUGCAUUUUUCUUCCAAAAUUUGUUCCAUCAAUUAGUACUUUUUUGGCAAUGCCAAUAAAUCUAUCAGAAUUGACAGGUUGAAUUCUAGGAACUGCACGUCUGCAUCCUAUUCUUUUUGUUAUUACGAGUGAUUAACUGACCUUCAAUUGUAGUUUUCCUUGUCAGUAGUAGAAUAGAGGAUCAUACGAGUGAUUAACAUUUUUGGUUCUGGUGAUAAAAUGUUACCACAUAUCAAGCUUAAUAUUAGAAGAACCCCCCUUGUACAAUUUUUUUUUUGUGCUCACAUGACGUAACAGUAUUCAUUCUUCACUCUACUUUUAUUCUCCACCUCUCAUGCAAGCUACACUUAUGGCUCUAUACAAUGUUGUUUACAUGUGUACAUCAUGAUUUUGAUUAAUGGAUCCCUCCUUAUUGACAUGAAAUGAAGGAGCUCUCCAAUGAAAAUCUUGAAAAUGUUGUCUGUAGUGAAGAAACUGGUGGCUCUGACAUUGGUGUAACUAGAGUUCAAGACCCUUCUGGCGAGGAUGGUGCUGAGGUCAGAGGAGUAACUGCUGCAGCACAUUCUUUGAAUGCGCAAGCUAUCAUACAGGUAAGCAACAUGAGAGCAGGGAGCCUUGGUCGCCAGGAAUGGGUCAGCAGUGCUGAAGAUGGAAAAGGAGACCGACCUUUUGGCACCAUUAGGAACAUGAAAUCUGACCCUUUUGCUCUAUGGUCUUCCUCACACGGAUUGGUAUGAGCAACAAGCCACCGUCAGAGUCUGUCAAGGCUCGAGCUCGGCAGGGCAAUACCGGUUACAUGCAUCGGGGGGCUCAGACGGCGUCACCUCACCGCCUCAGCCUCUUCCUGCUGGUAAGUUGAUUGUCGUUAUCUUCACAUUCUCUGUCUGUGUGGCCACUGCCUUGCAGUCAUAUCGGAGAGGCUGACUGGCCUCCUAGGAGAUCGCCGUAGCCGCUGGCCUCCCAGAAGAUCAGUCCUUAGCCCGCAAUAAUCAAUUUUUAUGCUUCCUGUUCAAUCGAAGUGCUUGAUACUAAUAUAAACAUCCCAGCCAUCCUCAUGGUCGUUCAAGCUCAAGGUGGCGCUGCAGCAAGCAUAGAAUAGAAGCCCCGGAGCUGCAGCACGCCUAGAACAGAAGCCCUGGAGGGGUAGUCAAUUCGACCAGACAAAUUUACUUCUUUCUUGCAUCUCAGCCAUACUCCUACUUCUUUGUGUUUUGCGCUUAACUACCACUUUGUUUGACUAGAAAUCAGUCUCCUAACGCUUGAAGAAAAUGCUAUCUCGGAUAAGUGCGAGAUAGUUAAUUUUUUCAAGACUAUCAUUAUAUCAUCAGUUGUGUUUUUCUAGAAUAUCAUCAUUUAAUAGUUAGGAACUAUCUUUGGUUAAAGAACAACAACAACAACAUAGUCUAAGCUCUUUGGUUAAAGAACAUUGCUUAAUAUUUAUUUGCUUUUGUACUUGCAUGCUCUAAGCUCUUUAAGCUCAUUGUUCUCUACCCACAAAAAAAAAGCUCAUUGUUCUCCAACUAAGUUUGUUCAGGAUGCUCGCGUCGCCGCCAGAGGACUAAGUUUGUUCAUUGUUCUCCAACUAAGUUUGUUUUCCAACUAAAAUGCAGAGUCAUCAUACUUGGCUUUUAGAAAAGUCAUGAUUUUAUUGGUUUGUUCAAUAUACAUGCAAUCUCUUUCAUGUGUCACACAUAGUGCAAGGGCAGUCCUUCCAGCUCCAAAAUUCUUGGUAGUAAUAAUUAGAAUUAGAAGAAGCUAAGAAAGAAGAGGAUGGUUACUACCAUAUUUUUCGUGGACCUGGAUGAUGCCCUUGCAAAGCCGCAUGGAUCACAGGUACACUUGAUCGCUGUUGUUGCUUCUGUUGGUCCAGUGAGGUCGAGGUAUUCAUUGGAUCUGUACUGCACUAGGGAGACAUGCCUUAUGGACUCGAGGCUGGUAUUCUUUUAACUCUACGCGAAUUAUGAAUUUUGUUAUUUAUGUAAAUUUUAUUCCUUUUUAAAGUCAUAUUGGUUUUCGACAUCCUGUUGCGGACUUCGACCAAACCAUGGGUGCAAAAUUUAUUGAUGUUGAACUUGGCAACAACUUCUUGAUGGUCAUUGGAGUGCUUGUAAAUCGUGAUAGAAGUGCAUCAAAUCAUCACAUUUACGUUCAGUUCACUGCCCAUCUAUGUGAGCUUAUCAAGCAAAAUACUCACUGCAGACAAGCUUAUCAAGCGAGCUUGGCCGUGUGAUCCAAACUGUCCCCUUUGUGAUCAGGAAGCAGAAAUUGCAGCCCAUCUAUGUCUUGAUUGUGUCUUUGCAUAGGAAGUUUGGCACUUGAUACAAAAGUCUGGUCGAAUAAUCCUGUCAGGAGGCCGGAGAGGGGUGGAGUUAGAGCUUUGGUGGACUUCUUCGUUGCAGCCAAUCCCAAAACACUAGCGGCGAUACGUUGCGACAUUGCUCAUGUACACAACGUGGAACAUUUGGAAGGAAAGAAAUAGGAGAGUUUUUGAAGGCAAAACAAUGAUAGCACCUCUGGUUUUCAAUUGCAUUCUGGAGGAUAUUGGAUUUUUCUUUUUGUGAAAAGGAUAUCGGAUUUAGGCAGACGGCUUUGAGAGUGCCUAGUGUGGCUUAGUUUUGCUAUGUUAUCCUUCUUUCUUGUGGAGUUGGAGUCUUUUCCUUUUUAUGUAAUAUGUAAUUUCUCUCUAAUGUACCGUUUAACCUUGCUUUCCCUUCUUAUAUGAUUUGGCAGUGCUCCUGCCAGUUUUUCAAAAAAAAACCGUUCAGUUCAUAUUAUUUUAUAUUUUACAAUUUGUAACUCACCAUGGAU